UUUGAUGUUGUUUGCUUCAACCAGAACAGAUUGCGUCGGAACACCAAGAGCCAUUUGAGGCCAUCUUUAGCCAACUAACACCAUUGAGAGUUGAAACACGAAGGCCUAGUAUUUCGGGACUUCAACGACAUCAAGCAUGGCGACCAUGGCCAAGAGGAAAGUAUAUGAAAUAGCCGGGGGAUUAUAUCCAGGAAAGUCCAUUGAGAUCGGAGGAUUGUUUAUCAGCUGCAAUGGGAACUUCGCAGUUGCCCUUCAGUGUGAUCAAAUAGGGUCCAGACAUAUCGGAAUCGCUCUGAAGAUCUUAGUGGAUUAUCCUAGUAAAGAAUUCACCCUGUCUUGGAACAGAAAUGGGACAGAGUCCGAGUUCAAAGUUCAGCCAUCCAGCUUUCCCUUCAAUAUCAAAGAAGAUUUUUCUUUCGUUCUCGAGGCUACUAAAGAAAAAUACCAAGUGAGAAUCGACGGAUUAUCGUUUCGAGAGCUUGAGUUUGAGCACAAGAUACCUUUGGAUACUGUGACACACAUUGCUUUGGAGAACUUCCAAUCGGUCUUCAGAUCUCUGGAGUUUCAAGAUAUCACUAUAAGCCACGAAUACGAGAAUACAUUCACGCAAUAUGCCGACAAUCCCGAGGUUACAAGAGUAACUCCUGUUGAGAGGGUCAAAGGGGCAAAUACAACACAAGAGGAGAGUGUCACUACAGUAACCGAGAUUACAGUUGAGGAAUCCGUUACGACUAAUAAUGAACAAGAAGAUAAUGAAGUAAUAGUUGAGGAGACUAAACAGACAGAAAGUGUGACUGAAGCGCUUGUUGAUGACAUUGAAGAACAAAUUGAGGUAGCUACUACAUCAGGUGUGGAAAAUACACACAAGACAACGCAAGGCAAUUUAACAGACAUCAAAACAGAGAUAAUCACAGAAGUUCUUGAACGUAAACCAGACGAAACGAUUCAACCACAAGACGACGAGGACAUUACAACAACUACAGAAGAGGAUAAAUUGAGCUUUCGCGAAGCGGUUGAGGCUGUCCUCCUGAACAGUUCAGUAGACAAAGCAAAAGAGAGAAUUGCAGAAUUUGAGGCCAACAAUCAACCAAUCCAAGAGGUCGACACCGUAGAAGUCAAGAAUAAACCAACCACUACGAUUGUGUACGACUAUGACACAACCAACACCUCAAGUGACGAGAAACCACACGAGGAACUUCCAUGCAUAACAACUAUUGUGUAUGACUAUGAUACAAGCGUCUCCUCUACUCACACACAUGAGAAAUACGACACGAUCAGUGCAAUAAAAAACUCAACGAGUGAGACCAACAGAAAGAAAACACCUAUAGUAUACGACCUGGACACUAAUGUGUCAACUACUCACAGAUUUGAAGUUAAUGAAAGGGAAAAUAAAGCAGAAGACAAAACGAUCAAAACAAUCAUCGUCUAUGAUCUUGAUAGUAAGUUAAAAGCUGAACAAAGUAUUUACAACACCACAACAACAACCACAACUGAGUCUUACCAUACAAUCAAAAGAAAUGAUAAUAGGAUAAGUGUUGCGUAUGACGAUGAUAGUAAUCUAGUAUCAGAACAGACAGGCGCUCCUAUCCGUAUAGUAGAAUCAAGAACAGAUAAUCGAUACUAUCAACGUGGGGUAGGAUUCAUAACAGCAGAAAACGGGCAUAUCGAGGAACAGGCAAAUUCAGUUGAACAAACAGAAAAAGAUUUGACUUUUUUGGAAAAAGUCCAGAUAAAAGUAAUAGAACCAAUUAAAGAAUUCGUUAGAGGUGACGAUAAAGAAACGUCCGAAUCUGAGAAAAUUGAGGAGAGGGAAGAGAAAAUUACGAAGAUAAGUGACACAGCUACAUCUGAAAAGAGCAUAGAUUCGGAAACCUUUCCAUACAAAUUACCAUCUGAUAAGAUAAAUAAAUCAAUUAAUACAGAAAUUGUAACUGACAAAGAAUCUGAAAACGACCCGAGCUUUAUUGAAAAAGUUCAACAAAAAUUUAGCGAUGCAUUUAGAAAUAAAUCUGAAGAAGGCGAUGAAACAAAUGAUAAUGGUAACACAGAAAACAUUUUAGGGAAAGAAGACAAUACAAGUGAAGUCAACUCUUCAAAAGAAGAUGUUCUAGCAGAAACUGAUGGUAUCAGUGAUAAGGAAAAAACUACCGCCAAUGAAGCCAAUGAGUUGGGCUUCAUAGACAAGGUUCAGCAAAAAUUCAAUGAGACAUUCAGAAAAAAAUCCGAAGGUGACAACGAAAAGAAUGAACACAUAGAUCUUGAUUCAGACGCGGACCAACAAGAAGUAAUCGUUACCAAUGAUUCGCAAACACAGAGUGAACAAAAUAAUAAUGCAAAAUUAAAAAGCACAAUUAAAAGUAAUGAGAAAGACCCAAGCUUUCUUGAUAAAGUGAAAGAGAAGUUGAGUUUCUCUAAGGAUUCAGAUAUUGAUGACCAAGAAAAGGUAGAAACAAACACAAAUAAGCCCGAAGAAGAAAAAGAACCAGAAUAUGAUAAAACAGAUAAUGAAUGCAAAACUAAACCAGAAUAUGAGAAUGACACACGAUUCAUAGAUAAAGUCAAAGAUACUUUGAGUUUCACAAGAAAUUCCGAAAAGAAUGCAAGGGAUCCAGGAAAGGAUGAUAACAUCGAAGAGAAGGUAAAAACAGUACAAAGCAAUAACAAUGAUACACACGCUACUGAUAGUGAAUCAAGUGUAAAUGACCCGACCAUCCUUGAUAAAAUCAAAGAGAAGUUGCGUUUCACUGGGGAUUCAGAAAAAUAUAUCGAUGAAGCAGACAAAGUAGAAGCAAAACAAACUGAGAUUGUACAUGCAAUACAAGGGGAUAGUGUAGAACACAGGGACACUAGUGACAACAAUCCUCACGCUGUUGAUAGUGGAUCAACAAGAAAUGAUCAAAACCUUCUAGACAAGAUCAAAGAAAGGUUGAGUUUCACAAAGGAUUCAGAAAAAGAUAUUGAUAAUCAAACAGAAAUCGAUGCAAAAACAAAUAAACUUGACGAAGUAAAAGUUGAGACUUUUGGUACAAUUGACAGUGAUAAAAGUGGUAUUGAUGUGAAUCUGCUGCUACCGACCCAAGUUUACUAGACAAGAUC